GCAGGACAGCGGCCGGAGCCCGAGCCCAAGCCCGAGCUGUAGCGGCCGCGGAGCACGGGCGCCGGCGCAGUACAAUGAAGGAGCCAGCGGAGCCGGGAGCCUGAGCCCUCGAGAAGCCGGCGAUGACAAGUCUGAAUGGUCGCCAUGCCGAGAAAACCAUUGACAUGCCAAAACCAUCAGCCCCCAGAGUGCACGUGCAGAGGUCCGUGUCCCGAGACACUAUCGCCAUUCACUUCUCGGCAUCCGGGGAGGAGGAGGAGGAGGAAGAGGAGGAGUUCAGGGAGUACCUUGAGGAGGGGCUGGACGACCAAAGUAUUGUAACAGCGCUCGAAGCCAAGGAAGACCUCUAUCUCGAACCCCAGGGUGGCCAUGACUCCUCUGGCCCUGCCGCCCAGCCCAUCCUGGCAGAUGGACUGUCCGUGUCCCCUGCCAUUUUGCCCGUCUCCGAGAACACGGUAAAGCUGUUGGAGUCCCCUCCUCUGGCAGUGCGAGUAUUAAGUACGGUGCCAUUGGCUCUGUCCCCAGGGUCGUCUUCGUUAGGCCCCUUAGCUAGCUCUCCCAGUGUGUUAUCCCUUUCUGAGCAGAAAACCGGUUCUUCCUCCCCGCUGUCCUCUCCUUCCAAGUCUCCUGUCCUCUCCUCCAGUGCCUCAUCCUCUACCCUGUCCAGCACCAAGCCCUUCAUGAGCCUUGUGAAGUCCCUGUCGACCGAGGUUGAGCCAAAAGAACCCCCCCACGCCUCGAGGCACAGGCACUUGAUGAAGACAUUAGUCAAGUCUCUGUCCACAGACACCUCGCGGCAGGAGGCAGACACCGCGUCCUGUAAACCACCUGACUCCAAGCUCAACUUACACCUGUUCAAGCAGUUCACACAGCCACGCAACACAGGUGGGGACUCCAAAACUGCACCUUCCUCCCCACUGACUUCUCCCUCUGAUACGCGCUCCUUUUUCAAAGUGCCCGAGAUGGAGGCUAAAAUCGAAGACACUAAGCGACGCCUUUCAGAAGUCAUAUAUGAGCCUUUUCAGCUCCUUAGUAAAAUUAUAGGGGAAGAAAGUGGCAGCCACAGGCCCAAAGCCUUAUCUUCAAGUGCUUCAGAGCUCUCCAAUCUGUCCAGCCUGAACGGUCACUUGGAAAGCAAUAACAACUACAGCAUCAAGGAGGAGGAGUGUGAUUCCGAGGGGGACGGCUGUGGGAGUGACCCCAGGGCCUCAGAUGAGCCCUCAAGAGAGGUGGAGCUGAGAAGCUCCCAGGUGAGCGGUCUGAAGGACUUAGGCCUGAAGACGAGCUCUCUGGUUCUUGAGAAGUGUUCCUUGUCUGCCUUAGUGAGCAAAGAAGAUGAAGAGUUCUGCGAACUGUACAGUGAGGACUUUGAUUUGGAAGCAGAGGUAGAGAGUACAGUUGAUAAGCUCCCGGAUAUCCCUCUCAAGCCCGAGGUGCUGGCGGAUGAUGGUCCAACUCUUGACAGUGAGGACGAGGCCCACUUGGCCAUGCAGCACCCCGAAUUACCAGUGAAGACCCUGGGCUUCUUUAUAAUGUGUGUCUAUGGGUACCUCAUCCUCCCCCUCCCCCAUUAUGUGAGCGGACUCUUUCUGGGAGUUGGUCUUGGAUUCAUGACUGCGGUUUGCAUGAUUUGGUUUUUUACACCACCAAGUGCUCAUAAAUAUCACAGAUUACAUAAAAACCUACAACACUGGAACACAAGAUCUCUGGAUAUCAAAGAACCGGAAAUACUGAAGGGAUGGAUGAAUGAGAUUUACAGCUAUGAUCCAGAAACUUACCAUGCAACUUUGACACAUUCAGUCUUUGUCCGACUUGAGGGUGGGACCUUAAGACUUUCAAAGCCCAAUAAAAAUAUAUCCAGGAGGGCAAGCUACAAUGAAACAAAGCCAGAGGUUACCUACAUCAGCCAGAAAAUCUACGACCUUUCAGACAGCAAGAUUUAUCUUGUACCCAAAAGUUUGGCUCGAAAACGAAUCUGGAAUAAAAAGUACCCCAUUUGUAUCGAGCUUGGUCGACAAGAUGACUUUAUGUCUAAGGCCCAGACUGAUAAAGAGACUUCUGAAGAAAAGCCUCCAGCUGAGAGAGAGCUGGGAGGCGAGGACCCUAAGAAGCCACCCCAUCCUCAGGAGGGAACACGAUCUAGCCAGCGAGAUCAGAUACUCUAUCUCUUUGGGAGAACUGGCCGAGACAAAGAGGAGUGGUUUAGGCGAUUUAUUCUGGCAUCUAAACUGAAGUCGGAAAUCAAGAAGCCACCUGGUGUCUCUGGAAGUAAACCAGGGGUUUUGCCCUCAUACAGCAGACACAACAGCCCCUCGGGGCACCUGACCCACAGCCGCAGCAGCAGCAAAGGCAGCGUGGAGGAGGUGAUGUCGCAGCCGAAGCAGAAGGAGCUGGUGGGCAGCGUGCGGCAGAAGAUGCUUCUGGACUACAGCGUGUACAUGGCCAGGUGUGUCCCCCAAGAAAACCGAAGCCCCCAGAGGAGCCCGGUGCAGAGUGCGGAGAGCAGCCCCACGGCUGGGAAGAAGUUGCCAGAGGCUCCGCCCUCCGAGGAGGAAGAACAGGAAGCCUGGGUGAAUGCCUUGCUUGGUAGAAUGUUUUGGGACUUCUUAGGAGAGAAAUAUUGGUCUGAUCUGGUGUCUAAGAAAAUCCAAAUGAAACUCAGCAAAAUAAAGCUCCCCUACUUUAUGAAUGAACUAACUUUGACGGAACUUGACAUGGGGGUGGCUAUGCCAAAAAUCCUUCAGGCCUUCAAGCCUUACGUUGAUCACCAAGGACUCUGGAUCGAUUUGGAAAUGUCCUACAAUGGGUCCUUUCUGAUGACUCUCGAGACCAAAAUGAAUUUGACCAAACUAGGUAAAGAGCCUCUUGUUGAAGCCCUGAAGGUUGGAGAAAUUGGCAAAGAAGGUUGCAGGCCCAGGGCGUACUGUCUGGCGGACAGCGAUGAGGAGUCCUCCAGUGCUGGCUCCUCUGAGGAGGAUGAUGCUCCAGAGCCCAGCGCCGGAGACAAACCACCUCUCCCGGGGGCCGAAGGGUAUGUUGGAGGUCAUCGGACGAGUAAGAUUAUGAGGUUUGUCGAUAAAAUUACUAAGUCAAAAUACUUCCAAAAAGCAACAGAGACAGAGUUCAUUAAAAAGAAGAUUGAAGAAGUCUCCAAUACACCCCUGCUGCUGACCGUAGAAGUACAAGAAUGCCGAGGAACCCUGGCGGUCAACAUUCCACCCCCUCCGACUGACCGAAUAUGGUAUGGUUUCCGGAAGCCACCAUAUGUAGAGCUAAAAGCUCGGCCAAAACUUGGAGAGAGAGAAGUGACUUUAGUUCAUGUGACAGACUGGAUAGAGAAGAAACUGGAACAAGAGUUUCAGAAAGUUUUUGUCAUGCCAAACAUGGAUGAUGUCUAUAUCCCCAUAAUGCACUCAGCCAUGGACCCUCGCUCCGCUUCCUGCCUCCUCAAAGACCCACUUGUGGAGGCUGCUGAUCACCUGUGAUGGGUGAAGAUCUGACCUUCCCAGUAUUAUGAGACCUAGCGAAAGGUGUGGGGUUCUUGGCUGCCUUCUGUGCUGUAGCAUUGGCCUCUCCUCGUGCCACAGCUUCUGCCCUCCGCCUGCUGGUGCCCAUUCCACCGCGAGGUGUCAUUCCCCGCGUCCAGGAACUGGUCUCUGGGU